CUUAGUCUGAGGGAGGGCAGCAAAGGGGACUGCUAUGGCAGAGAAUGUCGGCUGCCGGCUGGUUCGGCACUUGGAGCACCUGACCUUGGAGGAGCUGAAGAAAUUCAAAUUUUACUUGGUGGACAAUCUCCCUCGGGGCUCCCUGGAGGGGGCCGAUCGCACAAAAGUGGCCGAUCUCCUGGUCAGUUCUCUUGGGGAGCAAAAGGCCUGGGAGCUGACUUUGAACAUCUGGAAGAAGAUGGGUAUGAGGGAGCUGUGGGAGCAAGCCUCGAAGGAGGAUCUUGGAUUAGGUCCUGCUCCAGUUCUUCCAGUCUCCUCAGGUCAAAGAAAUAAGUACCAAGAACAAAUGAGAAAGAAAUUCCAGCUCAUGAGGGACAAGAACCAUCGUCCUGGGGAGCAUGAACUCUUUCAUCACCGAUUCACGCAGCUGCUGCUUGUUCAGGAGUAUCGUUGCAAGGAGCAAAAAGAACAUGAGCUGCUUGUCGAUGGAUGGGAACAUGUUAAGGUUAUGGAGGAGCGAGAACAGUUUACAGAGGUGUCAGUUUUAUUUGAUCCUGAUCAGAAAACAGGCACCCAACCACACACUGUUGUGCUGCAGGGGGCUGCUGGUAUUGGGAAGACCACCCUGGCCAUCAAAGUGAUGUUGGACUGGGCAGAGGGAAAACUCUACCAGGACAGAUUCGACUAUGUUUUCUAUCUCACCUGCAGAGAACUGAACCCUUUAGGAGAAAGAGAUAUCAGUUUUGCAGAUUUAAUUGUGAAUGACUGGCCUGGUCCACAGGCUCCCAUGACAGAGAUCAUGUCCCAGCCAGAGAGACUUUUGUUCAUCAUUGAUGGUUUAGAUGAACUCAGAUUCCCUUGUAAUGAGCACAGAUAUGAUCUGUGCAAAGACUGGAAACAGCAGAGGCCAGUGCCCAUCCUGCUGAGCAGUUUACUGAGGAAAACCCUGCUCCCUGAAGCCUCCUUGCUGCUCACUGCAAGAGUCACUGCUCUGGGGAAAUUUGGUCCUUUGUUAGAGAAUCCACGUCAUGUGGAGGUCCUGGGCUUCUCUGCAGAGCAUAGGAAGGAGUAUUUCUGCAAGUUUUUCAGAAAUGAGAAAUUAGGUACAAAAGCCUUUAGUUUAGUAAAAGGCAAUGGCACACUGUUCACCAUGUGCUCUGUUCCACUGAUGAACUGGAUUGUCUGCACUUGUCUGAAACAACAAAGGGAGAGAGGUCGAGAUCCCAUGCAGGCUUUGAAAACCACCACUGUUCUGUACAUGUGUUAUAUCAAUUUAAUCACACCUGAUGACAAGAAUUUUGUAUGUCAGCACUUGAAGGGCCUUUGUCGAUUGGCUGCUGAGGGGAUCUGGGAGAGGAAACUGCUGUUUGAGGAGGAGGACCUGAGGAGGCAUAACAUAAAGGCAGCUGAUGUCUCUGCCUUCUUAGACAUGAACAUUUUUCAGAAAGACAUUGCCUGUGAAAACUGCUACAGCUUCAUUCACUUGAGUUUCCAAGAGUUUUUUGCUGCCAUGUUCUAUCUGAUGAGCACAGACAAAGAAGGGAUGGAGAGCCCUGACUCCUCCAUUCCAGACGUCCAAAAUCUUCUGGAGGAGUAUAGCCAGCACAAUGUCAGCUUUGUGGUCCUGGUGGUGCGCUUCCUGUUUGGUUUCUUAAAUGCAGAGACUGCAAAGGAUCUGGAGAGGAACUUCAGGUGCAGAAUGUCACUGGAAAUUAAGACACAAUUACUGCAGUGGGUUGAGGGAGAAACUAAAAGAGAUAAUGAAUAUUCCGAGUUUUCUCAUUCUAAUUUACCAAAAUGGUAUUCUCUUUUAUAUGAGACUCAAGAUGCUGAGUUUGCAACACAGGCACUAAUUAACAUCCAAGAAAUCCAAGCAGAUGUUUACUGCAACUAUGAAGUCUUGAGUGCAGCUUUCUGCAUCAAGCACUGCCUUGGGACACAGAGAAUUUGCUUUUAUUGUUUUUGUGAUAUACCUGAUGGUGUUUGGCAAGAUCUUUUCUCUGUGAUCAACAAGAAUCAGAACCUGAAAGAGCUCAAGCUGUACGGCCCUCGAUUUGUUGACGCAUGCUUGGACAACCUUUGUGUGGCACUAAGAAAUUCAAACUGCAAACUGGAAAAACUGAUCUUGGAAAGCUUCAAGGUAACUUAUUCGUGUUGUCAGUAUCUCUUCUGUGUUCCCAGUUUGAAAAGCCUGCACUUGAAUGUUAUUUUCUUUAAGGAUGAUGGCAAGAAGCUGCCAUGUGCGACCUUGGGAAAAAAGAACUGUCAGCUACAGACACUAAGUAUAACUCAGUCUCAAAGAGCUGGCUUUUGUUAUCUGGAUUUUUUCUCUGCUUUCCUUAACAAUGAGAGCCUGAAAAACUUGAACCUGAAUUUUACUUGGCUUGGGGAGGGUGAAAUGAACCUUCUGUGUAAUGUCUUGGCAAAACAGGGUUGUAAACUACAGACACUCAGUUUGGCAUGGUGUUGUCUUACCCCUAGAUGUUCCCAGAAUCUCUUCUCAGCUGUCGGUAGCAAUGAGAGCCUGAAAAAUCUAGAUUUGACUGGAAAUUCCUUGAAGAAGAAUGAAAUAAAAGUUCUGUGUAAGGCCUUUGGAAACCGAAACUGCAAGUUAGAGAAACUGAGUUUGACGUCUUGUCAUCUUACCUCUACAUGUUCCCAGAAUCUCUUUUCUGCUCUCAGUAGCAACAAGGGCCUGAAAAACCUGGAUCUGAGUGGAAAUGCCUUGGAGGGAAGAGGAAUAAAACUUCUGUGUAAAGCCUUGGGAAACCCAAACUGCAAGUUAGAGAAAUUGAGGCUGUCUGGCUGUAAUCUGACUGCUACUUGUCUUCAGGAUCUCCUUUCUGUCAUCUGUGGCAGUGAGAACCUAAAAACCUUGGACCUGAGUUUCAAUUUAUUUGGUGAUGAAGGAAUGAAGCUGCUGUGUGAGGCCUUGGAAAAGCAGGAUUUUAAACUACAAACGUUUACCCUCUCACAACAUGACUUAAGUAAAGAAUCAAAGAGAGCAUUGACCAACCUAAAAUCAAGGAAAUCUUUUCUCAUCAUUAUAGAAAAAUAUGAAGAUGCUACCAAAGCAUUCUUUGACUGGGAUGCUGAAGACAUAGUGUAACUCUUGAUCUGCCCACUUACUGGGUGACUUUGAACAAGUCACUUUUCCUUUACAAGCAUCAAUUUUCUUAUCCAUUGUGAAGGGAAUUACGAUUUUUCAUAUUAAUUGAUAGGAUAUAUGUAAUGAAUAUACUAAAAGAUUAGAUUCUCAAAUUGUCUCUUCUGGCUUGAGAGUGAGACUUACAAUGCAGCUUGAGAUGAUAAAUCAAACCCUUGACUACACUCUCACAAUCACUGCAUUCUUGUGUCUGUGUACCUUAAGUGAAGCAAAUCAAUGAUUGUAGAACUUGUUCCUGUCACAGAACUCUGGUGCUGUGACCCACCAAGUAAUGACCCCCAAGGACCUGAAACAAUAAUGUUCCUACUUGUGAGCUUGUAGUGGGGAACCACUCAGGCCCUGGGAGAUGAGUUCUUGUAAUCCACCUCCCUUCCUCCUUCCCCACUUGUGAUUUAUGUAUAUAAUCUCCACCUUCACCAAAGAAAGGUGGAAUUCUGAUCAAGAGAAUUCCCAAUUUGAAAAUCUGUUCCUUAUAAUGAAAUUAAUUAAUUAAACUGCUACUUGAUUACUGACACUCCUGUCUGUAGGUCAGCUUUGUGAGGCACCAAGUAUUCACAGGUUAGAGACUGGCUCAGUAAAAUCCUGUUAACACCUUAGGAGAUGAUUGAACUAGGUGGUCUCUAAGGAAGUCUUACUGCCCAUGCCAUGGGCUGCCUGGAAUUAGAAACCUCUUUCUUUGUAGAGAUCUCCCUGCUGCCAUUAAUAUCCAGAAAGUCUCAGAGAUACUUCUAGGGACUUGUAAAUUUUCAGGUCUUCCAAGAUGCUAUGAUCAAGGUGUCUACUCCUUUC